AUGCGUGUUUCCACGGAGAAACGGCAUAUUUCUACGGAGAAAAGGCUUUCCGUGACAGAACAACGGCAAUAUUCCACGGAGAAGUUUGAUUUCCAUGGAAUAACAACACAUUUGUACGGAGAAGGUGCAAGUUUCUACGGAGAAGGGUUGGCCCGAAUGGGCCACCGUACGAUUGGGCUGUCAAUUUCCCAUGCGUGAUACAAAAUGACUGAAAAACGGCAAAUUUCGCAAGGCUAUAUUCGCAUUUUACAACAUUCCGGAACGAAACUUUGGAAUAUUACUAAUUUUGUGAUGCUCUUUCAAGCUGUGAUGAAAUUUUUGUCUAGAUCAAAAUUUAGUGUAUAAUGCAAAUGGUCCAUUGUCUGGCAUGAUUUUGCGAAAAUCUGUGUAAAAAUGGAAGAAAUUCUUAAAGGAAAUUUGAAGGAAAUUUCAAUAUUUUUGAAGGAAAUUUUAGUCCAAAUCGGGAAAAAAUAAGGAUUUUUCAAAUUUUGAAAGUUGAAGCACUGCUCUGAGCCUGUCCUCAACGGGCAAGAGACGUAUCUAAGGCUUCUAAUCUGUGGCUGUGGUUAUGUUUCGACGAAAUACAUACAUGCUUAUUUGCUCACAAAACGUUUUGUAAACACUUUAAUAUUUUAACCAGAAUUUAUAGUUAGUCCAUACGUACAAAAGAGAAAGUAGCCGUCGCAAAUGGAAGAGUUGCAGUCAGAUGCGACGGGCGACGGCUUAUUUUGAAACCACUGCAGGAAGUUCAAGGUUGAACACCAAAGUUCUUUUUUUCAGGUAGUUGUAUCUCAGCUCUUACAAUGCAGCUGAAGAUUGACUACUCUCACCCGAGCAAUAUGAUUCGGAAUGAGUAGUGUCCAGUCUUUUUAUAAUUCAUGAUAACACAAUGGUGGCCAGUUUCAAUACAGAUCAGCACACAUAGAGUUGUGGUAUUAGGGCAGUGAAAGUGUGUGGAGGGUGGGUACUGGGGGGGGGAUAGUCAAGUGCCAAAAGUAGGAGACACCCAGUGAUCUCCAUAUAACUGCAGCAAAAACUUCAGUCAUUUGGCCAAGAUGCCGGCCAUUGUUGUGCAAUAGCUCUGAAGGUCAUGAACAGCUUUUAUACUAUUUUCCCAGCUAAUUCCAGUUUUUUUCUAACUGACCAUAAUCAAGUUACAGUAUCAGUUCAUAAAACCAUCCAUAGUCUGUGUUGAAAUUUGAAACUAUGAAAUUUCGGCACACUCCUUGCCAAGGUUUCAGAAAUUGAAGGAGCUAUUGGAUGUCAGAUACCAAUUGUUUUGGUCUGCACGGUUAACACAAAGCUGGCUUCAUUUUUUGGACAGAUUGUCACAAUGGUAUUUUAGAUUUUGGGACUUGGGUGGGAGCUCUCCCCAAAUUUCAGGGGUUUUUAUUUGGCGGGGGGGGGGGGAAUUCCCCCCUCCUAAUAACUCCUAUAGUCACAAACCCAGACGUCAUUUCCUACGCUCUGGGUUCACCAACUGCACAUCCAAGUGAUAACCCAUUUUUAUACUCAAGGUUACAGUAUAUGCCUUACCACUUACCAGUUUAACAUUAAUAAUGAUAUUCAUAUUCCAUUUUUGGGGGAAAUGCUCCCCCCCCCCAGAAUUUAGUUAUUUUCAGAUUGGGGGGGGGAUUUUGGAUUUUUUUUUUGGGGGGGGGGAAUUCCCUCCUGCCAUUAAUUCCCUCCUGCAGUGGCAGGAGGGAAUGAAAUCUAGAGUCAUUGAAAACAGAGUCAUUGAAAUCUAAUUUCCAGUGUUUGGGGGAUAGGUUUAUAUACAGAAUUCUGAAGGUUAUAAAGUGAAUGAAACACACGAAUUUUCAUGACUGUGUUACUUAUAAAUGUGUAUCCAGUCUUGACGUUGGAAUCAGCAUAUUUGAUGUUAAAGCCAUUGAGUGGCAGCACUCUCCCCUUGAUGCAUAAAGUCGUCUGGGUGCAUCCGGGUAACCUACAAAAGACCGAAACACCUAACUAAAGAUGAUAUGGGUCUUCAUCUUCCAUUUUGUAUUAUGAAAACAAAGACCCAUAUAAAAAUAAUUUUCAUUCUUUUCACAAUUUGUGAAAAUUAAGCGUAAAUGUAUGUGAAAGGAUGCAACAAGACCAUGCCAAUUUGACUGUAUGAAGGCAUGAAUUGCUUGCUUCAUGAGCAAUAUUAUAAUAUUAUUUGUAAAGCUGAAGAAGUUAGAGAACAAACAACACUGCUGAUUGGAAAAAGGUUGUGUCCCGCAUGUGAACCUAAUUGAAAUUUUCACUAAUUCAUUGAAUUCUUAGUAUAUUGUUAGCUAGAUAUAGUUUGCUGCCACAAAUGCAAUAUGUGCAUGUAUAUUGUAAUGACCAAUUUACAUAUUGUUUUGGCAGAAUGGUGAAAAGUGGAAAUCACUUAUUCAAAUAAUGGGCAAACUUUACUUUGCAAACUCAAACAACUGAGGUCAAAUUAGCUUUAUGUGGCAACCAAAUGACCACCGUUUUUUUCAGACUGUUUUGUUUCCUUUUGCAAAACUGAAUUUUCCUUAACAUUUAAUAAAGAUUUGCUAAUCAAUUUUUCCUGUAUAAUUUGAAUAAUAAUAAUAAUAAUAAGACUUUAUUAAAGUGUCUAAUAUACAUUGUUUAGCAAUAGUAGCUAAUUGGGGACACUAUUUAUCUAUAAUAUCAAUACUAUAAUUAACAAAUAUAAAACAUUUUCCGUGUUGAUAUACAGUUAUAUCAACACGAGUGGAAAUUGGGAAAACGAGAAAUUGUGUGGAAACAUGACGCCCGAAGGGCGGAGUGUUUCCACACAAUUUCGAGUUUUCCCAAUUUCCGCGAGUGUUGAUAUAACUAUAUAUCAAUACGGAAAAAAUGUUUUAUAUUUGUUUUAUAAUAUAGCACGAAGAAAUAUAAAGAAAGAAAUUUUCCGACGUUUCCGUGUUGAUAUUGAGUUAUAUCAACACGGCUCUUAGCCAAUCAGCGUUCAGAAUUUACAAAUGCUAUAUUAUAAUCUACUAUAUAAAUAUAUACUGUAUGUAAAAAUAAUAAGUGCUAAGUGCUGCAUAAAAUGCAGAAGUUACAGUUAUUGUCCAGCAUACUUUCAAUGUCUAAUAUCACUAUGCAACUUUGACCAUAGUACUGGGCCGAAGUAACGUAGCGAAUGCUUACCCUAAGGAACGAUACAGUGGAACAAUACAACAUACAGUACCAAAUAGGAAGCUUUUAAGCUUUUUUUUUUCUUAAAAGAAUAUGCUUAAUCUAGUACACCGACGGUAGAAUAUUAACACAGAAGAUUUUAAAAGUGUGUCAGUUUAUAGUGAUUGUCAAGUGAUAGGGCAAUAUGUGUUGUUAAGGUCUAUGCUUCCCUUAAAUUUUGUCAAAAUUUGUACGGGUUUUGGACUUUUUGGAAAGUUUUGGAAAUUGAUUGAGGUAUUUUCCAAAAUCUAUUGUCACUGUUUAGGGCUAUGAAAGUCACACAAAUAAAAGCCAUGAUAGAAAAAUCUAUAAAAGGGUUUUUUAUAAAAUAGAUUUUUAUGUUUCUAUAUGGUUUUUAUUUGCGUUUUAUAUUGAGCACUCGUGCUUAUUGUAAUAAUUAUAAUGGCCACUGGGGUCCACACGUGUGAAAAUCAAAAGUAUAUUUUCUGUAACUUAGUAGUACUUUUUAAGAAGAUGGUUUUGGAAAUUUUAAUGUAAGGGCUAUAUGGAAAGUUUUGCAAACGUUUUGGAAAUUCAAACGGACGAAGCUGUACGAAUCCUAUUUUGAAGUAAUAAACUCAUUAUUUUCUAGCAAAGGAAAUUUGGAGGAUAUGCAGGAUGCUGGAAGCCUUCAUGAAUUUCUCAUAACUCUACAUGAAGAAUAUGGUUCAUUAGUAAGCUUUUGGUGGGGAACACAACUUGUCGUCUCAUUAGCAUCACCUGAAAUGUUUGAGGAAGUCAAGGCACUCUUUGACAGGCCAAGUAUAUAAUUUGAUUUAUAAUAAUUACAAAUUAUUAUCUUUGCUUUCAUGCAUUGCCGUAGAUAUUUUCACACAAAAAUGAAAGGCAAUUUUAUUUUCAAAUACCGUGGGAAUUGUGCUCAGACAGCAUAUUUAAAGAGGUGCAAAAGGAACAAAAUCCACAGAAAAUACAGCACAGCAUAGAACUAUAUUACAUAUUAGGCAUAAUGCAACACAUGUAUUGGGAGGAGUUAUUGAAUCAAUUAGAUUGUCGUUGCCGUUUAGAACAUAUGAAAAGUAUGGUGACUGAACUGAGGCCCGGUCCAAUCCACUUACUCUCAUCGAGAUUCUUCCUGGCACGCUGGAGUCUUUGGUCUUUAGUUUGAAAAGAGACCAAAACCUCUUGGAGUUAUUAUAUGGAGAUCUUCAUCCAAGGUUUCAAAGAAGUGCAUGAGCGCUGUACUCCGAGAUUAAUUCUACUUUAGCACGUACAGUUGUUCCCUAAAUUUAUUCCUUAAAGUGUCAGUCGGAAAUGAUUUCAUUUUUUGUCGCACAGUUUCCUUUUUCUGAAUUGCAUGAAUUAUUUCACCAUUAAUCCAAGGGGGACUAUUAAUGUUUUUGAUUGUUUUAGUAGGAAUGUUCUCAUGCAGCAGCAUUAAGAAAGAGCUCUUUCCAUUUCAUCCAUCCUUCUUGGACAUUAACUUCCGACUCAAUUACAGUACACAAUUCAAGUGCUUCCAGUGUAGCCCUCAGUCCAUCAAAGUUCCCUCUCCUAUAGUCAAAAACUCUACGUUUAAGCUUGGGAGCUGCUUUGACUGAUGUUUUCAGAUUAAAAAUAAUUUGUAGAGUGGUGAGUUAUUAGUCUACCGAUACGUUGUCGACUUGACUAUAGGAACAUUGAUAACAACAAGAUCAAGUACAUGAUUUUCUCGUGUCAGACAUAUAUUCAGCUGCAUUAUAGGUGGUAAUCAUUCAAUUGCUCAGUGAAUUGCACUUCAUUUUCACCUUGCAUCAGCACCUGUUGUUAGUUCCAGAGAUUUCCAUUUUAACAUUUCCGCACAUACAGUAAGCAUAUUCGAAUAUCGAGAACAAGACUUGGUGAGAAAUAGAUUUAACUUUUCCAUCUGUUGGCUGUUUGUAUUCUGUUGAGACUUGCAGCAACAGCGUACUAGAUAUUUGAUUAUUGGCAUUAUUGACACUCCCCUGAAGGGGCAUUCAGUGACAAAAAUUACAUUACAAUUUAUUACUACUACAUUUAGUCCUAAUUAAUUUUCCUGAAACACGUUACUAGCAAACAAGGACAAUUUCGCAAAAACUGCGACAGGGACAACAACAACAACAACAACAACAACAACAACAACAACAACAACAACAACAACAAUGACGAUAACACAACAAUAGUUACAUCGACAACGCUUAUUGAUUAACUACUGAAAAACAAGUAUUUAAGAAUUGCUGGAAAAGUUUAUGUCUUAGUUUUAACUUAAAGUUUGAAAUGGAAUUGCAGGACUUAAGUCAGGGCUAAUGUUGUUCCAAAGAGUGACAGUUCGAUAGUGGAUAUCUUUGUCCAGUAGCUGUUUUGUACAGUGGGACGUCCAGAUUUCGUACAUUUCUUGUCUCACGAGAGCUCACUUCACCUCUGGUUAUGAACUGGGACGACAAGUAGAUGGGGGCACAAUUGUUCAUGCAUUUGAAGGCCAGUAGAGCAUCACGAUAGUAGAGUUGCAAUUUCACGGGAAGCCACUGUAUUUCUUUUAGAAUCGGAGUGAUGUGGUCGAACUUUCUUGUAUUCGUCACUACUCGUGCUGCGAAAUUUUGGACUCCUUGAAGACGGGAUAGGUUACUGCAGGAAGUGUUUGACUAAAGUGAAGAACAAUAGUAGAGCUUGCUGAAAACCGAAGUGUUGAUUACAGUUACUAACAGAUUUUUAUUGAAGGCGUGUUUAGCUCGAUUUAUCUGACCUAUAUGAUCCGACAGAGACUUGACUUGCAGGACGAGACGGUGGAAAGGAUAUGAUUGUCGAAGGAGAGGAUUGGGUCAAACGUAACUCCCAGAUCUUUGACUGUUGCAGCAGGUGUUAGUUCUUUACCGAGUAGCGAGAGUCUAAAUUCAGGUAGCCUUGCAAGCAUUUGACGACUUCCAUAGACCAUCAAUUUGGUCUUGCCUGGAUUGAGCAAGAGCAGGUUGUCGAAACACCAAUUUCGAAUUCUAAUUAAGUCUUCAUUCAGAUCAGCCAGAGCAGCAUUGGAGUCAUUGAUAUGGAAGGACAGAAGGAGUUUAGUGUCAACAUACGAUUCAGAGGAACACGUUUUAUUGGCAACCGGUAGAUCAUUGAGAUAAAUACUGAACAGCAACGGGCCGAGAAUACUUCCUUGUGGGACACCACUAACCACUGGCAAUUUCUCAGAUAGAGUAGAAUUUAUGCGUACUGCUUGAUAUCGUUCGCUCACACGCAUGAAGAUGAAACGCCAACAUCCUCCGGCGCGAGAUUUACAGUAGCCCCUUGGAAGAAUUUCAGAACUUUCAAUAUCAUCCCUCAACCAUGUUUCACUUGCCCAGACAAGAUCUGCUUUCUCAGAAUAUAGAUUUCUGUUUUCUCAAAGAUCUUGAAAGUUAGUCAAGUGACAUGUUUGCUUUCCCUCUUUCAGUCUUUCUUGUGAACACUCGACAAAAUACGAGCGUUAACAACCAGACAUUUUGUUAAGAAUUUUCCAUCGUCCUUUUGUCGCUGAGGUUAUUGAUUAGGAGUUGGACCAGGGUUGAUAGCAAUGUCACAUUGCACCUAUAGGAAAAGAUGUAACCCAUUAUUCUUGAUAUUUAACGGUAUGCCAUAACUGUGAUAAUAUACUUGAGCGGAAGGUUAUAUUUUCGAAGAUAUUGUCACGCAUUGACGUCCAUAGCAAACACAGUCUGUCGGUUAUUAUAACUGGAAGUUCCACGUCAAGCUCAACGUCCCAAUUCCCGAGCUUUUCAGUAUUCAACUUUCAGAGACUGAAGUUGUUGGAGUUCUGCCCGUUGGGCGUUCACCUUCUAAUCUAUAAUUUUGUGUCCGAUAAAGCUAAUAAAAUAAAAUUAAAAUAAAUCCGUAAUUUUCGAUUGUGGCACAAUCGGUCAAUCACCACAGUUUAUAAAAUCUGUGACAGACGGACCACAGGCAAAACUAUACAGUCAUAAUCCGACCCUUAGUUUUUAAGGUGUGUGAUAUACAGUACUACAGAACUGUACAUGCCUUGCACAUAUAUCAUGGCCAGGUCUAUAUUUCAGACCAUAUGAAUAAUACGAAGCAAUUAAAGUGGUGAUGUAAUUACCUUCCACUGGGCACAUAAUUUCAGUUGCAGUUUGCGACAUAAAUAUUCAAUGAAAGUAAUGUGUGAGUAAUAUUUGUUAUCAAAGAAACUCAUUUUAUUAUAGAACUUCUCUUCGAAGCCUUUUCUGAUUUAAUUGGUCACAAGAGUAUACAGUAUGCAAAUGGUGCAGAAGGUCGCAAGAGACGCCAUCUGAUGGAUGAAGGAUUUAGUCAUACAGCUGUUGCUUAUUAUUAUGAUGAUUUUGUCAAGGUUUGGUUCAGUAAAAUUUGGUGUUUGUGUAAAUUAAUGAUGUCAAAGUAAAGCAUUUAUAUUAGCUCCAUUUACUCCAGUGCAGGUACAUUAAAAAAUCAACAUUGAAAGACAAUGUUGAGGAAACAGCACCCUCGUUCCACGAUUUUUCACAUGUUUGAUACUGUACAUCAAAUAAACUAAACUUGUUUACAAGACAUACAGCGCACAAAACGCUACAAGCCCGCGUUCUGUGCAAUAUUAAUUUAAAAAAGCUUUUCUCGCAACUGAUAUGUUUUUCCAAUGGUGCAGGAAGGAAUGUGAAGCGGCGGGGGCAGCCUUUUCAAAAGGGCACUUGCUUCAUCAUUUUUCUGGGCGGCAAUAUUUGUUAAAAAUUUACUGUAUGGAUACUUGAUUACUUGUGGCUAUUAUGGGUCGACACACUUAGACAUUAAUUUUGAACAAUUUUAUUCGUUGCACCAUACUAAGGGCGCAAAAUAUAAUCAGUAAACGGAUGUAUAUUGCCUGAUUUAGCAUUAAUUUUACUACAACUGGUUAAAAAUUAAGCAAAGAUUGCUUAAAAAUAGUUAUAAAUUCCAAUUCCUGUGAAUAACGCACGAAUUUCGAAGUGCAGUUCUGGUAAAAAGGGUCACCUGUUGCCCCCGUGCUGCCCCAGCACUGUUUGGGCAACGGGUGCAGUUGCCCCCUCUGCCCCCGUGGCUCCGGCGCCCCUGCCGGUUUUUCCUGUAAAUGCCAGACCUUGUGUUUUAGUAGACUGCGAGCAGUCCCUCCUUAGAAGGAAAGGAGGGACUGCAGACAACACAUCAAGAAACGAAAUACGCCCACUUUUCGCAAUCGCCCCUUAGCUUCAGUAUAAUUAUUUUGGCGCUGUGAACAGGUAACUAUUUAUAGCGCGUAUCGUAUUGUUUUAAAAGUAAAAAAUCAAGAUUACAUGCAAGGAAACGACGACGCUUAUGUUUUACAAGCAAAAAUACAUAGUAUUACAUUAAAUUGCAUAUAUUCGCUCGAAAUAAAAUACUAAACGCUUUCAGACAGUAUGAAUAAUAAUCCUACGAAUUUAAUUAAUAUGACAUAAUUUGACGGUUGACUUUCAAAUUUGAAAAACAAUACAUUUAAUUAAGUUUAUUUUAGCAUGACAAAAUUACUGGAUGCUGAUUGGUUGAAAGGAGUACAAUUAUUUCAUUAAUUGUACUGCAGUACAAUUAAUGAUUUUCCCAAAACAAACAAAAUGGCGGAAAGGUGUUUUAAACACAAAUGCGAAAUGAAAUUGCCCUAGAAGGACUAGACGAAAAUACGAACAAAAACACGAAAUUUUGCUUUAACAAAAGAACUAAAUGAAAAUACGAACAAAAGCACCAAAUUUUGGCUGAAAGUCUGGCAGGACUGGGCUUUGGCGAGAGAAUAUGAUGUUGACAUUGAGAAGUAUCCAAUUUUGUAAUCAUGCGAUGUUGCUCGUACAAUUAGGGGUUAAUAGUACUCGUGAUGUUUGGAAAUAUGCCAAAUUGGACUCGCCCCGGCGGCUCGUCCAAUAAUUUUGGCAACAUUUCCAAACAUCACUCGUACUAUUAAUCCCUAAUUGUACUCGCCAUCGCAUGAUUAAUACCUAUACUAAUUGACUUUUUCAAAAUUCAAUAAAAGAUCUGACAAUCGACUAUGUCAAGCAAUCAGAAUUUUGCGUUGUGUGGACAACGCGUAUUUCGUUUCUUGAUGUGUUGUCUGCAGUCCCUCCUUUCCUUCUAAGGAGGGACUGCUCGCAGUCUAUGUAUUGGCGGAUUUACUGGAGGGGGGAGGUUAACCCCCCUAGAAUCUCUCUAACCCCUCUUAUAAAGUGUUCAACCUCACCAAAAUUUCACUUCACCCCUCCUAUUUUGUGUGAAAGUCUUUAACCCUAACGCCUAACCCAUGUCGAAGCUCCCCCACUAGACAUUUUUCUUCCCCUCCUUUGAAAAAAAUGAAAACCCGCCCAUGAGUCUAUGUUUUGGAUACACUGCCCAGCCAACACACAGUCUCUUGUGUUCUUCAGGCAAGCACAACAUAUGUAUUAUAACCUCGCAUCUUCAGUUUUUCUUUACUUUCUUGACAAUAUUCUAUACAAACGUUUCAGUGACUGGGCUGACCGGUUGACUAACUAAUUCUGGACUGGUCAACUAACAACUCUGACAGACGAACUGCACAUACGUGUAGUACAUAAUUUAUCAAGGGAACUAAACAAUGGGUGGUUAGUGUGUACAGAGCUUACCGCAGCCAGGAUGUUUUCAUCCGCGUUUGUAUGUGUGUGUGUCAGCACGAUAACUUGACAAAAUAUCAAACAUAAUACAAAAUUUAAAAUGUGGGACAAUGUCCAAGGACAAAUUAAUUAAAUUUUAAUUAAAUUUGGAUGCGAAACUAGGAAAAGUUUGUCUUGCUUUGCCGAGCAGAGUAAACAGAAUGCGUAAUUAGCUUAUUGUAUAAUUUAUACAUAACUUAAUUCGCUUGCGGAAGUAUGCAGUGUUCGAGUGCCAUCUAAGUGAUUUUUCUGUGCAGGUAGCGAAUGAACUUUGUGACAAGUGGGCAUCUCAACCUUCAGACCAACAUAUUCCUCUUUCACAACACAUGCUUGCACUAAGUAUGAAAGCUGUUGCUCUUGCUGCCUUGGGGAGCGGAAUGAAGGAUGAGAAACAACUUCUUCAAAUGUCCAAGGCUUAUCAUGUUGUAAGUAGAUCUAUAUAUUAAAGGCAUAAAUUAUGUUUAACCGUUUGGGUUGGACAUCGGCAGCGGUGUAGAUACAAGAGAGGUUUAGAUUUGACUUCUACUGCUGCUGCUGCGUUUCACUGGCUUAGCACUCUUCUGAUUGAUUAAUGGUCCCUUAGUGGUCAUUAGUUAACCACUCGUGGUCACCAAGCGUGCCUUUCAAUCUGAGAGACCUGGGUUCAAUCUUUUGUCGGUCCUCUACUCCUGGUCUUCUUCAGGAGAAAGUGCUACCUUAGUUGAUAAUGACAUCAGUAAAUGGUUAGACUUUCGCGUCUUUUCGAAUAAGGACGUUAAGAUCGUAGGUACCUCGGAUCUCUUACUAAAUGGGCAAUAAUAGCCUGUUGGGAAAUCCGCUCACGAAUGAGUGAGAAACUCAACAAACUGGUAGUGGAAGUCAAGUCUGAACCUCUCUACAGUAGAUAAAAGGCAUAUAAAUCUGCUACGAUUUGCUUUAAAUUUGCUUGCAAUUACUUUGCAUGCUUUUAAGUAUUUGCAUACUUGACAGUGCUGGAAAGAGGAAGAAAAUGUACUAAAAGGAAAUUUGCCUGAAGAAGGAGAUGGUCGCAAGGAAAACUUUGUCAAAAGUGAGUGAGAAAGUUGUUUUGCCUGUACAAGUUGCUAAAUCUCAAGUAAAUUUUAGAAUGGCAAACGAGAUCCCUACAUCCUUCAAAUAUCUCUUAUUUAGUUUGUACUAGCCAAGAAUUAAAUACAAAUGACCAAAAUGCCAUCUAAACAGCACAAAAAACCCAGCGACAACAACACUGGCAACAACGACGACAGCAGCCACAGCAAUGACAACAACGACAAAAACGACAACAACUACGAUAACAACAACGACGACAGGAGCAACAACUGCAGCAACAACAACAGCAACAACCUCGUACCCAGGGUCUUUCCUCUUGGGGAGCAAAGACCCUGGUAGACGCUGGUCACGUGAUCUGCUAAAAUCUAGCAGAUUUCUAAUUAACUUUAUAAAAUAACAUGUACAUAACGCGUAUUCUGAUUGGUCGAAAGCCGUGUUUGGAUCAGGCCAUCCAAACACGGAAGACUAUCGUGUUGUUGUUAUUUUAUAAAACAAUUACUUUAUGGUUUCCAUGUUUGGAUGGAAUGAUCCAAACACUUGGGAAUGUUGCUCGAGUUAAGAAAAGCGGGCAAAAUCACUCGCCUUCGGCUCGUGUUUCGCUCGCUUUUCUUAACCCUCGCAACAUUCCCGCGUGUUUGGAUCAGGCCAUCCAAACACGGAAACCAUAAAGUAAUUGUAUAAUCUUGGUUUUCUUUACGACAAUCAUACAAAAUGCAAAUUAUAAAUUAAACUAUCAAAACAAUCCAAAUAUCAAAUGUUUAUUGACCUGAUCUUGGAUUGCUAAUUAAAAAUCUGCUAGAUUUUAGCAGAUCACGUGACCAGCGUCUACCAGGGUCUUUGCUCCCCAAGAGGAAAGUCCCUGGGUACGAGGUUGCAACAGCAACAGAAACAACAGCAACAACAACAGCAACAACAGAAACGACAACAGCAACGACGACAACGACGAACAACAAACAAUCAAACAACAUUUAAAAUAAAGAAAUAAGAAACGUGAAUUGACAGCGUAACCCGUAGGCUGACGAGUACUUGCCAAUUUAAUAUCAGCCGAUGAAUGACAAAUAAAAAAUUAAUAAAAAAGUAAUAAAAAACGAACAACUCCCAUAUACAUAUACAUACAUAUAUAUAUAUAUAUAUAUAUAUAUAUAUAUAUAUAUAUAUAUAUAUUUAUGUUGAAAUAUUAAUACAUAUAUUUAGAUCGGGAUUAUUUACGGGGUGUCGUGAAAGAUGUAAUUCGUGGAAGACGAGGACAGAAAGAUAAAGAAGAUCGCAUCUUUCUUGAUUCCAUCAUGGAUGCCGACUUUAUUGAUGAGGAAGAGGUCGGCAUAUUUCUGUACCUUGAUACUUUAUCGUUCAAGUAACCUUCAUUAAAGUAUCCAUUAAUAUAAUUUACUAAAUUAUUUUUACUCUUCUUGUUUCUAGCUGGUACAUCAGUCGAUAACAUAUCUUAUUGGAGGCUUCCAUACAACUGGGAACAGUAAGUACCGGUAGUAAUUUAUUAUAAUUUAUUUAAUAUAUCGAGUAAAAUGUAGCAUCAGGAAUAAGCAAUAUUACUGGAAAUUAAGAAAGAUGAUUUCAUGCAAAGACGCCCGUCGCGUUCUUAUAAUCUCCCUUUUUCCUGAUAACAUACAUUAUCUUCUCCAACUUCUUACUACCAGGAAGUAAUGACAGUGCUGCUAUCUGAGACAAGACAGCAUCUUGAGUUGUUUCUUUUUAGCCUUGGCGUGGUGUUUAUAUUUUCUGGCGACACACGAGGAAGUCCAAGAAAAAUUGUACCAAGAAUUUGUUGAUGUUUUGGGAGACGAAACUAUUACAGCGCAGAUUUUACCACAAUUGAAGUAAGUAACAAGUUUAAUAUUUUCUAUAUCGGUGGGUCAUGCACAAAAUUGCUACAAAAUUCACAAACUUCCUUUAAAAAUUAUUUUAAAUUCACAAUUGAAGAGAAAAUGUCGCGAUGAAAGCCUCAGUCUCAAAAUCUCAAGAAUUUUGGUUGUGAUUUGAAAAUCACAAGUCAAGUACCGGGUACGCGUGCGGUAAACCAACAAUCAGAG